GAGAAGCGCAGAGGCUUGGGGCAACCGAGCUGCAGCGAGGCCGCGGUGCUGGGGGCGAGCCGAGCGGCGGCAGCGGAGCUCUGUCGCGAGACGCAGCGUCAAGAGGCAGACUAUUCAGCGGGCUCACCAGCCAGGGAGUCUCUGCUCUGGGAUUUGAUAAUUCAAACCUCUUUUUUAUCUCUUCCUUUCCUUAAGCGGUUUUCUAAAAGUGUAUUGUUUUACGCUUUAAUUUAUUAUUAUUAUUAUUAUUAUUAUUAUUAUUUUUGCUUCGUACUCCCCCUCUUAAAUCUUGCCAACGGUUUGGAGAGGUUGCGCCUUCACUCCCUCAAAUCACUUCGGAUUUUGGAAAUCAGCAAAGGAAAGAGGUAGCAAGAGCUCCAGAGAGAAGUCGAGGAAGAGAGACCGGUCAGAGAGAGCGCGCUGGCGAGCGAGCGGAGAGAGGGACAGGGGCAAAGUGACUGACCUGCUUUUGGGGGUGACCGCCAGAGCGCGGCGUGAGCCCUCCCCCUUGGGAUCUUGCAUCGGACCAGUGGCGCUGACGGACAGACAGACAGACACCGCCCCCAGCCCCAGCGCCCACCUCCUCGCCGGCGGGCUGCCGACCGUGGACGCGGCGGCGAGCCGCGAGCAGGAGCCGAAGCCCGCGCCCGGAGGCGGGGUGGAGGGGGUCGGGGCUCGCGGGAUUGCACUGAAACUUUUCGUCCAACUUCUGGGCUCUUCUCGCUCCGGAGCAGCCGUGGUCCGUGCCGGAGGAGGCAAACCGAUCGGAGCUGGGAGAAGUGUUAGCUCGGGCCUGGAGAAGCCGGAGCCCGAGAAGAGAGAGGAGGAAGAGGAGGAAGAGGAGAGGGGGCCGCAGUGGGCGCUCGGCUCGCAGGAGCCGGGCUCAUGGACGGGUGAGGCGGCCGUGUGCGCAGACAGUGCUCCAGCCGCGCGCGCGCCCCAGGCCCCGACCCGGGCCUCGGUUCCAGGAGGGAGAGGAGCCCGCCAAGGCGCGCAAGAGAGCGGGCUGCCUCGCAGUCCGAGCCGGAGAGGGAGCGCGAGCCGCGCCGGCCCCGGACGGGCCUCCGAAACCAUGAACUUUCUGCUCUCUUGGGUGCACUGGACCCUGGCUUUACUGCUGUACCUCCACCAUGCCAAGUGGUCCCAGGCUGCACCCACGACAGAAGGAGAGCAGAAAGCCCAAGAAGUGGUGAAGUUCAUGGACGUCUACCAGCGCAGCUAUUGCCGUCCAAUCGAGACCCUGGUGGACAUCUUCCAGGAGUACCCCGAUGAGAUAGAGUACAUCUUCAAGCCGUCCUGUGUGCCCCUCAUGCGCUGUGGGGGUUGCUGCAAUGACGAGGCCUUGGAGUGUGUGCCCACCUCAGAGAGCAACAUCACCAUGCAGAUCAUGCGGAUCAAACCUCACCAAAGCCAGCACAUAGGAGAGAUGAGCUUCCUCCAGCACAGCAGAUGUGAAUGCAGACCAAAGAAAGAUAGAACAAAGCCAGAAAAAAAAUCAGUUCGAGGAAAGGGAAAGGGUCAAAAACGAAAGCGCAAGAAAUCCCGGUUUAAGUCCUGGAGCGCUCACUGUGAGCCUUGCUCAGAGCGGAGAAAGCAUUUGUUUGUCCAAGAUCCGCAGACGUGUAAAUGUUCCUGCAAAAACACAGACUCGCGUUGCAAGGCGAGGCAGCUUGAGUUAAACGAACGUACUUGCAGAUGUGACAAGCCAAGGCGGUGAGCCAGGCUGCAGGAAGGAGCCUCCCUCAGGGUUUCGGGAACCAGACCUCUCACCAGAAAGACCGACUAACCAUGUCACCACCACACCAUCAUCGUCACCAUCGACAGAACAGUCCUUAAUCCAGAAAGCCUGACAUGAAGGAAGAGGAGACUCUUCAAGGAGCACUUUGGGUCCGGAGGGCGAGACUCCGGGCGGAAGCAUUCCCGGGCGGGUGACCAAGCAUGGUCCCUCGUGGAACUGGAUUCGUCAUUUUCUUUUACUUGCUGCUAAAUCACCAAGCCCGGAAGAUUAGGGAGUUUUAUUUCUGGGAUUCCUGUAGACACACCCACCCACAUGCACACACACACACACACACACACACACAUAUAUAUAUAUAUUAUAUAUAUAAAUAAAUAUAUAUGUUUUAUAUAUAAAAUAUAUAUAUAUUCUUUUUUUAAAUUAACUUUGCUAAUGUUAUUGGUGUCUUCACUGGAUGUGUUUGACUGCUGUGGACUUGAGUUGGGAGGAGAAUGUCCCUGCUCGGAUCCUGACAGGGGAGAGACAAUGGGAUGAAAGACUCCCGGUGUGGUCUUUCGUCCUUCUUAGAGAGGCCGAAGUCCUUUUGCCUGCCAGGGAACACGCAAGGCCAGGGCACGGGGGCACAUUGGCUCACUUCCAGAAACGCGACAAACCCAUCCCUGGCCCUGAGUCAAGAGGACAGAAAGACAGACGACAGAGAAAGAGACAAAGAUGCUGGUUCCAACCAGGAGUUUGGGGAGCCUCAGGACAUGGCAUGCGCUGUGGAUCCCCACUACGUGCUGCAAGCGUACCCUGCCCUCUGGGCACUGCCUGGAAGAAUCAGGAACUCGGCCGGCCUUCAGCUCUCUCUUCCACUUCCGAGAUGCCCAGGAGGCCUCCCACAGGUGUCCUGGCGAAGAGAAGACAUAUUGGUGGAAGAAGAGGCCUGGUGACGGCUCCUCCUCCUGGAAACCCCUCCUUCUCCCUACCCCACUUCCUGGGUACGGCCCAGGAGGACCUUGUGUGCUCAGACCGUUGAAACCACUAAUUCUGUUGGCUGUGUGUGUGAGUGGCGAACCCUCCCCCGUCCUACCCUUUCCCGAGGCACAGAGCGAUGGGGCAGGACCCGCAAGCCCCGCACGGAGGCAGAGAAAAGAGAAAGUGUUUUAUAUACGGUACUUAUUUAAUAGCCCUUUUUAAUUAGAAAUUAAAACAGUUAAUUUAAUUAAAGAGUAGGGUUUUUUCAGUAUUCUUGGUUAAUAUUUAAUUUCAACUAUUUAUGAGAUGUAUCUCUCGCUCUCUCUUAUUUGUACUGUUUUGUGUGUGUGUGUGUGUGUGUGUGUGUGUGUGUGUGUGUGUAAUCUGUGUUUCCAAUCUCUCUCUCCCAGAUCGGUGACAGUCACUAGCUUGUCCUGAGAAGAUAUUUAAUUUUGCUAACACUCAGCUCUGCCCUUCCCUUGUCCCCACCACACAUUCCUUUGAAAUAAGGUUUCAAUAUACAUUUACAUACUAUAUAUAUAUAUAUUUGGCAAUUUGUGUUUGUAUAUAAAUAUAUAUAUAUAUGUUUAUGUAUAUAUGUGAUUCUGAUAAAAAUAGACAUUGCUAUUCUGUUUUUUAUAUGUAAAAACAAAACAAGAAAAAAUAGAGAAUUCUACAUACUAAAUCUCUCUCCUUUUUUAAUUUUAAUAUUUGUUAUCAUUUAUUUAUUGGUGCUACUGUUUAUCCGUAAUAAUUGUGGGGGAAAAAGAUAUUAACAUCGAGUCUUUGUCUCUAGUGCAGUUUUCCGAGAUAUUCCGUAGUACAUAUUUAUUUUUAAACAGCAACAAAGAAAUACAGAUAUAUCUUAAAAGAAAAAAAAAGCAUUUUGUAUUAAAGAAUUGAAUUCUGAUCUCAAA